AAAAAUAAGACAAUUUUAAAACCCUGAAUGAUAACGUACCUGUUUCAUCGUGGUCAUGGUCAGCUGCAUAGCUUUUGUGCAAAGUGGUCAAUCGCAUAGCCCCAUAAACUAUGUACUGGUUGAUAAGACUAUUGGUGGAUCAGGUAUAAAAGCGUUUGGUCUUACAAUCAAACGACAGUACAAGACAACCGAACAAGAUGAGACUCGUUGUGGCAUUAGGUGUGGCAUUGCUAGCAGUUAUUGGUACAGUAACUGCAAAACCAUCGCAUGCAGGAAGCUGUUCUAAGAACGAAGAUGGUCUAACCUAUGGUAUUGCGAGUGAUUGUCAGAAGUAUUUGUUGUGCAAGAAAGGUUCGUUGGAGUUAAAAGAGUGCAAGAGCAAGAGUUACUAUGACACAGUAACUGGAAAAUGUGUGAAGGCUGCAGCAGCUACCUGUGCUGUUGAAACUAACCCAGACCCGGAACCACAACCUGAACCAGUACCCGAACCCGAGCCGGAAGAGAAUGCCGAUCAGUACGAUUACCUUUGCCAAAAGGUAUUGUAUGGUGUACGAGUUCAUCCAAAUGCAUGCGACAGAUAUCUUAUUUGCAAUAAGGAGAAGGCAUCUAUUGAACAAUGUGCAGAAGGUUUCAUUUUCGUGGCUGAUUUUAUAACGUGUGUUCCUGGAAAUAAGCUUACGUGUACCAUUCAGUCCGACGAACCGUCAACGACUGAAACACUACCAAGCACCUCUAAUGAGUCAAAAGAAAGUGAAAGUGACGAGUCUGGAUCAAGUGAAGACUCCACGGAAACAUCCGGCCAGUACGACUAUCUAUGUGCGAAGACGCUGCUAGGAAGUGUGGCUCAUCCUGAGUCCUGUACCAAGUACAUCUCAUGCUACAAGAACAAGGCCACGGAGCAGAACUGCAAGAAGGGUUACGCCUACUCGACUAAGCUGCAUCUGUGUAUCAAGCAGAAGAAUGGAGGAUGUGCUGAUGCCCCGGAAGAGCAAACUACUACUGAGGCCGCCCCCACAGAAGCGGAACCCACCAACCCAGGAAGCGACGAGUCUGGAUCUGGAGAAGAAUCCUCCGAGACCUCCGGCCAGUACGACUAUCUGUGUGCGAAGACGCUGCUAGGAAGUGUGGCUCAUCCUGAGUCCUGUACCAAGUACAUCUCAUGCUACAAGAACAAGGCCACGGAGCAGAACUGCAAGAAGGGCUACGCCUACUCGACUAAGCUGCAUCUGUGUAUCAAGCAGAAGAAUGGAGGAUGUGCUGACGCCCCGGAAGAGCAACCUACUACUGAGGCCGCCCCCACGGAAGCGGAACCCACCAACCCAGGAAGCGACGAGUCUGGAUCUGGAGAAGAAUCCUCUGAGACCUCCGGCCAGUACGACUAUCUGUGUGCGAAGACGCUGCUAGGAAGUGUGGCUCAUCCUGAGUCCUGUACCAAGUACAUCUCAUGCUACAAGAACAAGGCCACGGAGCAGAACUGCAAGAAGGGUUACGCCUACUCGACUAAGCUGCAUCUGUGUAUCAAGCAGAAGAAUGGAGGAUGCGCUGACGCCCCGGAAGAGCAACCUACUACUGAGGCCGCCCCCACGGAAGCGGAACCCACCAACCCAGGAAGCGACGAGUCUGGAUCUGGAGAAGAAUCCUCUGAGACCUCCGGCCAGUACGACUAUCUGUGUGCGAAGACGCUGCUAGGAAGUGUGGCUCAUCCUGAGUCCUGUACCAAGUACAUCUCAUGCUACAAGAACAAGGCCACGGAGCAGAACUGCAAGAAGGGUUACGCCUACUCGACUAAGCUGCAUCUGUGUAUCAAGCAGAAGAAUGGAGGAUGCGCUGACGCCCCGGAAGAGCAAACUACUACUGAGGCCGCCCCCACAGAAGCGGAACCCACCAACCCAGGAAGCGACGAGUCUGGAUCUGGAGAAGAAUCCUCUGAGACCUCCGGCCAGUACGAUUAUCUGUGUGCGAAGACGCUGCUAGGAAGUGUGGCUCAUCCUGAGUCCUGUACCAAGUACAUCUCAUGCUACAAGAACAAGGCCACGGAGCAGAACUGCAAGAAGGGUUACGCCUACUCGACUAAGCUGCAUCUGUGUAUCAAGCAGAAGAAUGGAGGAUGUGCUGACGCUCCGGAAGAGCAAACUACUACUGAGGCCGCCCCCACGGAAGCGGAACCCACCAACCCAGGAAGCGACGAGUCUGGAUCUGGAGAAGAAUCCUCUGAGACCUCCGGCCAGUACGACUAUCUGUGUGCGAAGACGCUUCUAGGAAGUGUGGCUCAUCCUGAGUCCUGUACCAAGUACAUCUCAUGCUACAAGAACAAGGCCACGGAGCAGAACUGCAAGAAGGGUUACGCCUACUCGACUAAGCUGCAUCUGUGUAUCAAGCAGAAGAAUGGAGGAUGUGCUGACGCCCCGGAAGAGCAACCUACUACUGAGGCCGCCCCCACGGAAGCGGAACCCACCAACCCAGGAAGCGACGAGUCUGGAUCUGGAGAAGAAUCCUCUGAGACCUCCGGCCAGUACGACUAUCUGUGUGCGAAGACGCUGCUAGGAAGUGUGGCUCAUCCUGAGUCCUGUACCAAGUAUAUCUCAUGCUACAAGAACAAGGCCACGGAGCAGAACUGCAAGAAGGGCUACUACUUCUCAGUGUACCUUCGGUUUUGUAUUAAGGGCAACAGUGAAACAUGCGCAGACAACAAUGGCGGAAAUCAGGGCACGACACCUUCUGAACCUCCACAGGUUACGGAAGUGACCACGGAAGAGACAACCGAAGAGACAACCGAAGAGACAACGGAAGAGACAACGGAAGAGACAACGGAAGAGACAACGGAAGAGACAACGCAAGAGACAACAGAAGAGACAACGGAAGAGACAACGGAAGAGACAACAGAAGAGACAACAACUGCAACCGACUUGACUCCUCCUGGAACCGGAGGUGAUCCUGGUCAACCCAACAAUGGUUGCGUCGAGGGUUUCACCGGAUAUCUACCGAUCGAAAAUGACUGUACUAGUUAUGUGUACUGCUAUCAGGGAGAACCCGGAGUGAGAACUUGCCUGGAAAACUACAUUUACUACGACCCAUACAAGACUUGCCUUCCAGGUGAUCAAGUGCUUUGUCAACUGUAUUCGGUAUAAAUUGUUCCAAGAAACGUGUUUCCAAAGGUAAAAUACCUUAAAUACCUUAAAAAUAAUUCGAACACGGGUUUUCCAACCUCACUGACCGUCUAACUAUACUUGGCAGAGCCAUGGUCUGUUUUUGAAACGGUUGAAGGAAUAAAAAGCAAAAUAAAUCACGAUUCUAAA